GACGAGUCAAUCUCAGGGAGUGAUCCGGACCUGGACCCGGACUUGGAGCAGGAGGAUAUGGAAGAGGAGGAGGAGGAAGAUGAGGAGGAGGCGAUGGAGGAGGACAAUGAUGGGGAUGACGAGGAGGACUUACUUGAUGAGACUGACCAACCCCAAGAAGCUGUGUUCAGUGGUGACCAUGUUGAACACACGGAGGAUGGAGAAUGGCAGCGCUCGACUUCAACUACCUCAUCUCAGAGUGAGCGGGCAGAGCAACUCUUGCAGAACCAGCACAAGAGCCUGGCCUCUGAGGACACCAAAAAGAAGAGGGCUCAGAAACCGUCUCACAUGCGGAGGAACAUAAGAAAGCUGUUGCGUGAGGACCAAUUGGAAGCUGUGACAAAGGUAGCCCAGCAGGAAGAGUUGGAGAGAAGGAAACGACUAGAGCAGCAGCGGAAGGAUUAUCCAGCCACUAUACCAACUGUACCCCUUGAAUUUCUUCCUGAGGACAUCGUUUUCAGAACAGCAGAGGCUGCCCAGCUCCCCCCUCAGGUCCUGACUGAGGAAGUGAUCUGCCUCGACAGUACCAGCAGUGGCAGUGAAGAUGAUGCUAAAGGAAAAAAUAGCAUUAAAGAUGAAGUGAUUGAACUGAGCUCAGGAGAGGAUGAUGCCCUCCAAAUUGUGGACAGCAGUGACUCUGACAAUGAAGGGGAAGAGGAUGGCAGUGAAGAGAGCAGUGGUUCUCAUGUGAAUGAUGCCUUAAAUCAGUCAGAUGCUCUGGGGCAAGUCAUUGUCAACAUCAAUCAUCCACCAAACGAAGAGGACAUUUUCCUGGCUCCCCAGCUUGCACAUGCAGUAAAACCUCAUCAGAUUGGUGGGAUCCGAUUCCUGUAUGACAACUUGGUCGAGUCCUUGGAGAGAUUUAAAACCAGCAGUGGGUUUGGGUGCAUUUUAGCACAUAGCAUGGGCCUGGGCAAGACCAUACAGGUCAUCUCUUUCUUGGAUGUACUUUUUCGGCACACAGAGGCAAAGACUGUUCUUGCCAUUGUACCUGUGAAUACACUCCAAAACUGGCUAGCAGAGUUCAACAUGUGGCUCCCAGCACCUGAAAACCUUUCUGCUGAUUAUAACUCCAAAGAGGUCCAGCCCCGCACCUUCAAAGUCCACAUCCUGAAUGAUGAACACAAGACAACAGCUGCACGUGCAAAGGUGGUGAAUGACUGGGUGACAGAAGGCGGUGUGCUGCUGAUGGGGUACGAAAUGUAUCGUCUCCUCUCACUGAAGAAGUCCUUUGCCACUGGCAGGAAGAAGAAAACAAAGAAACAAGCUGGCCCUGUCAUUAUUGACUUGGAUGAGGAAGACCGACAGCAAGAGCUUCUGAAAGGGAUUGAGAAAGCUUUGUCUCGUCCUGGCCCAGAUGUGGUUAUUUGUGACGAGGGACACCGGAUAAAGAACUGCCAUGCCAGCACGUCGCAGGCCCUGAAGAACAUCCGCUCCCGACGGCGGGUGGUCCUGACUGGCUACCCCCUCCAGAACAACCUCAUUGAGUACUGGUGCAUGGUAGACUUUGUCCGACCUGACUUUCUAGGCUCACGGCAGGAAUUCAGCAACAUGUUUGAGCGCCCUAUCCUGAACGGGCAGUGCAUUGACAGCACCCCCCAGGAUGUCCGUCUGAUGAGGUACCGCAGUCACGUCCUGCAUAGCCUGCUGGAGGGCUUUGUGCAGCGGCGAGGCCACAAUGUACUGAAGGUUCAGCUCCCAUCCAAGGAAGAACAUGUCAUUUUGGUACGUCUGUCAAAGAUCCAGCGGGCGCUUUAUACAGAGUUCAUGAACCGGUUCCGAGAUGCAGGCAACAGUGGCUGGCUGGGCCUGAACCCCCUCAAAGCUUUCUGUGUCUGUUGUAAGAUCUGGAACCAUCCAGAUGUGUUGUAUGAAGCUCUGCAAAAGGAGAAUCUGGCAAAUGAGCAGGAUUUGGAUGUGGAUGACCUUGGCACAGCAAAUAGUAAUUCCCGCUGCCAGGCUCAAGGAAUUAAAGUCAAAACAGAGAGUAAUGCUUUGGCAUCAUCAGUUGGAGAAGCUACCAAUAGCAAGUUCCUCCAGAGCGUUGGUUUCAACCCUUUUCAGGAGAGGGCAAAUCAGGUUGUAACAUAUGAGUGGGCCAAAGACAUCUUGUGUGAUUACCAGACAGGAGUCUUGGAUAACUCACCCAAGAUGGUGUUACUGUUCCACCUGAUUGAGGAAAGUGUGAAGCUUGGAGACAAGAUCUUGGUCUUCAGCCAGAGCUUGUCCACCUUAUCUGUCAUUGAAGAGUUUUUGGCAAAGAGACCGAUGCCAAAUCCUCCAGGCUCAGAUGGAGGAGUUCACAACUGGGUCCGAAACAUCAACUACUACAGACUGGAUGGCAGCACCUCUGCCUCGGAAAGGGAGCGACUGAUUAACCAGUUCAAUGAUCCCAGCAACACCUCUGUUUGGCUCUUCCUUUUGUCCACACGUGCUGGGUGUUUGGGUGUCAACCUCAUUGGAGCAAACAGAGUGGUGGUGUUUGAUGCUUCUUGGAACCCGUGCCAUGAUGCCCAGGCUGUGUGCCGAGUGUACCGCUACGGGCAGAAGAAGCCAUGCCACAUCUACAGACUGGUUUCUGAUUACACCCUUGAGAAGAAGAUCUAUGACCGUCAGAUCUCUAAGCAGGGCAUGUCAGAUCGGGUGGUGGAUGAUCUGAACCCAGUGCUGAACUUCACCCGACGGGAGGUGGAGAACCUGCUGCAUUUUGUGGAAGAGGAAUCUGACCCUGCUCAGCUCUCCCUCAAUCCAAGCAAGAUGAAGGAGUCUGUUCUACAGUUAGCCUGUCUCAAGUAUCCUCACCUCAUCACCAAGGAGCCUUUUCAGCAUGAGUCACUGCUGAUCGACCGGAAGGAGCACAAGCUGACCAAGGCAGAGAAGAAAGCAGCCAAGAAGAGCUAUGAGGAGGAAAAGCGAGCAUCCGUCCCCUACACCCGGCCGUCCUACGCACAGUAUUACCCAGCCAGUGACCAGAGUCUGACAAGCAUCCCUGCCUUUAGCCAGAGGAACUGGCGACCAGCGCUCAAGGGUGAGGACAAGCCAGUGGCAAGCGUCCGCCCAGUUCAGUCCACCCCUAUUCCUAUGAUGCCCCGGCAUGUCCCCAUGGGCAGUGCAGGAUCAGCAUCUAGUUCCAGCCCUGCUGUCAACUUCCCCAUCAACUAUCUGCAGCGAGCUGGUGUCUUUGUGCAGAAGAUUGUCACCACCACGGAUAUUGUGAUUCCGGGUACAAACACAUCCACUGAUGUACAGGCAAGAAUCAGUGCUGGCGAGAGCAUCCACAUCAUCCGAGGGACAAAAGGGACAUAUAUCCGGACCAGCGAUGGGCGGAUUUUUGCUAUCCGGACCACUGGGAAGCCAAAGGGCAAUGAAGACCGUCAGACAGCUGCCUCAGGCUCCCAGAGCUCUUCCCUGGAGUCCACAAGCAAUGGCAGACACAGUGCCUCAUCACCACAGCUCCCCAGUGCGGAGGAGCUCACUCGGCCCAUAUCCCCCGACAGCCCUGAGAUCAUCAGUGAGCUGCAGCAGUAUGCAGAGGCGGCGGCAGCCCGGGAGUCACGGCACAGCUCUCCCAGCACCAACACGGCGCAAGGCCACGCUGCCCGCGCG